AUGUGGCGUAUUUGCAAUUGUGUACAGCUUCAGCCAAUUCUGAACGGAUGCAAGCGUUGCCAGCUGCCGGCAGAAGUAAACCGCAACAUUAGGGGUUCCCCGCGUUCGCAACAGCCGCGAUUCAUUGACUUAAAUAGGAGUCCAUCUGAAAGGAAGCCUCCUCAUGUUGGGGUGGUUGGCCAUGCCAUUCAGAAGAAUCCAGAAACAAAAUUUAAGAGUUGUUCUGCUUACUCCCGCCAGAAGAACUCCAAUAGCAGCCUAUGCGAUAGAAGUUCUAGCAGCGAAGUAGCAGCCAAGAAGACAACUGAAAUCUAUGCCAGUCAGAGUCUACCAAUAGAGAAAAAAAGUCAAGUAUACGUCAAAUGGAAUGCACACUCAGCAGAAAAAACUGAAAGCUCAACAAAAAGGCAUUUGCUUGCAGAGAGAAGAGCCGAAGCCUACCCCAAACGGCAUAUGUCGCGCAAACGAGCACCAAUUAAAUCAUCUUGGUAUGGGGGUUCUAAGAAGUUUCUAGAUCGCUUAAAGCAACUACUGUAUGAUCCAAGCACUUCGAUAAAAAAAACACAGAGCGACAGAUUCUACGAUUGCGAGGAGCCAUCAUCUGCCAAAAGUGACCUAUUUACAAAACCCGAAAAUGUCUCCAAGAAAACCGUAGAAAUAAAGCCAGAGCUGUUGACGAGACAGAGUAAUAUAAUAGACUGCACUCCAGAAAAACUAAAGUGCCCAAAAGCUGUGAAGCGUAAAACUUCAAAUAUUUCUUCCUGUUCGCAACUAGAACAAUUAAAAAACGACGUUGAAUCCUUAAUAUAUCCAUGUCCAACAGAAGACGCCAGACUGUUAGGUCAACGCCCCAGAAAUAUCCGGUCUAGCGAUUUCACGGGCAAACAAAAGCCUCAAAAACCUGAAAGUACGCGUUGCAUUAACUGUGAUGCCACACCAAAGCCAAACCAAGAAACAGAUUCGAGUUUAGAGAAAUUCUUGUGCAACAAAAGUGAAAUCAAAAUGCAGGAGAAGAAACCGAACACGCCAAAUGUUGCAUCAGUUUCUUCUGGAUUGGAGUCUGGUGUCUCAUAUCCUCAGUCGAAUUUUCAGCUUAGAAGUCGAACGUCCCCUUCCAUUUCUCCCCAAUGUUUAGAUAAACGAGCAACAGUCCGAAGUGUUCUUGUCAACAGAUCCGACCAGAAUGUGGUAUUUUCAUGCAGCCCAGCCAAAUCCAUAAAGAAGGACAAUCCAAAUAUGUACUCUUCAAACUAUACUGAGGGUUCAGACGAUCCAGUAGAAGAUUGUUGUGGGAAAACAAAUAUACUAUUCCAAAAAUUGAAAGCAAUUCCUUUUUCAAAUGGCGCUGUACCCAAAUCCAGUAAAAAAUCCUCCUCAGAUUACAAGUGUACCCCGCCCAAGGGCUCGAAAGAUGAGUCUCUGGCCCAAACGUUAUGUAGGGAUCUGUCGGCCUUCAAUAAGUCUGAACAAGAAUCCACAUUAGAUUUAUUCGAAGGCGACCUUAAUACGCUGUUCUCCAGGGUAAAAAAGAGCUCGAGCGAUCUGUGGCGUAACCAGCUGCCUAGCAAGAAGUUCGAAGAGGCGCUCGAGGAUCUACGGCAAUGGGAAAAUUACAUCAUCUGCAGUAACCCAGUUGGCGCAGGGUUUUCUGAACGCAAGGAGUUCGAACUGGAUAGUAUAGCCAAAUACGUCAAUGAUAUGCAGAAUCGAAAUAACUUACGCAAUCAGAAAAGACACUUGACGACCGAAAAUAUGCCAAAGGGCAUUCGCCUCGGCAGAAAAGUCAGCCAGUCUUCUAUACUCAACAGGGCACUCAAGGCUAAAAUGAGUACUGUUGGACAGAAACUUCCAAAUGCAGGCUUCGAGCUGAGCUCAACACAUAAAAUCAAGUUCUUAGAUCCUGUAAAGAGCACGAAGAGCGCGUACUCGAGGACACAAUUGCAUGACCUACGCUAUCAGAAAGCCAGCCGCAUUAAGGACAUGCAACAAAACGAGAAGAGAUUUUUGGAUCCGAACGAUGCGAAUAUAAAUGCGCUUAGUAAAUCCUGGACGGCGUACCAGCGAACGUUAGAUCGUAAGUUGGACAGCUCAAGAUUGGAGGAGGACCAAAGCAACAAAUCAGAUGAACAACUAAAAUUCCAAUUAAGAGUCGAAACGCUGCAGAGAGAAGGUAAUGCGAAGAAUGCGAGCGUCAAUCAAUCUGAUAUCAAUUACAUAAACUCUGAAGUAAAACAGAUCGAUAACAUUAUCAAGCAAUGCGAGUUACUAAGAAGUAAAUGCUCAAUGCGUUUAGAAGAUAAACGUGAGCAGGACCUUCAACAGAAGCUUAAAAGGAACAGUGGUGGAAUUCAAGCAGCUGGAUCGUUACUUCAGAAAAAAUGCAUAGAAGCCAGCGGAAAGCAGAAGAAGCAGGUCAUACUCGAACGGCUAAAGAAAUUCCUAGACAUCGAUGCGAAUAAACCCGAACUGCAAGACAAAUGCGAUGCAUCUCAAUUAGACAGGCUGAAAAAGGAAGCACACCUACAGAAAGGCAAGGUAUAUCCAAACUCCGAUCCAAAUAAAACCGAAAUGCACAACAAAUGCAAUACAUGUCAAUUCAACAGGCUGAAAAAAGAAGCACACCUACAAAAAUGCAAAGCAUUCCCAAACACCGAACCGAAUAAAAACGCAAUGCAAAACAAAUGCAGGCUAAAAAAGGAAGCACACCUACAGAAAUGCAAGGAAGUCGCAAAGAUGAACAAGCCCGACGAAUGUGUGAAAUCUUGCCAAACGGCGAGCAAAAACUCUGCAAAAGUGGACAGAAAAUGCAAACGUUCGGAAAUACAAAAUAGUGAAUAUGAAAAAAUGUACUGGGAAACAGUACUAUCGAAGCAUGGUCAUGUUAAGGAUGGUAAUAUAAAAUCCAAGAGAUGGGAAAAUGCUGGAAAAGGUCAGGAGGCCGGAAUAAAAAUGAAAUGCCCAGAAUGCGAAAAGCAUCGCAGAGAGAUCGAUCAACAGAAAUCAAAUGCACGCAAUAUAAGACAGAAAUCAGAAACGAUUGACAAAAUCUACAAGGAUGCAAAAAAAAGAGUAGCCGUACUUGAGAAGCAGCUAAAGAAAUGUUUUCAAGAACAGGAGCUGAGAAAUAAGAAGUGCCAGGUUAAAGGCAUAGGCAUAACGAUGGCAUAUUUGUAACACCAUCCGUUUUCCAAUGGGACACACUGGGCUGCCCUGCUCCAGCACAACGUCGGGAUGGUAGAUGCCAACUGUUUGGUUCACAAAAUCAAAGAGGUUUAACCGACGCUGGUGGAAUUCUUGAUGCUCUCGGUAUAUCCUACGCCAGACGUUUAGAUAGUAAAUUCUAUUUGUUUGACCUUCAAAAUCGUUUGGCUCGCGCUGAUAAUUUUAAACAAGUUCAACUAUCCACUAUACCA